AUGGCAUCAGAUACGCAGACCAGCAUCUGCCUCGACGUAGCCGUCGAUCACCGCAUCAGGAGACUUUUCAAGCCUGUUCCUAAAAAUGCGACCGAGCCGUCCACACAUGUCUCCCGCAUAGAGGAAGUAGGCCGGUCGUUGCAGCGACCUCGCGCCGAGAUUCAAGUCACGGCACAAUUGGCGGGCCCGCCUGUGAAGGGCGGUAUUGCCAUCAUGUUACAGAAGCCCCGGAGUAACCACCCGUUCGGAAAGGGCCUCGAUGCCGUCAUCAAUGACUGCGAGACUCUCCGCGCCCUCGACGACAUAUUCGCCGUGGUCUCCCGGGGGACCCUUGAUUUUCGGAAGGACAUCGCCGUUGUCGACCUGUUACCGUAUGUUUCCGAAGACCACAAUGAUGUUGACGACGCUAGGCUGAAGGACGCUUUUCGUACGUCGGCCGCGACCAUUUGUGACAAGGAGCCUAAGGUUCUUCUCUGCGCGGGCAAGAUUAUGAUGCCUUUUGGGAGGGCGAAAGUCAAGGGCAUUUCCUAUACGUUCGAGAAUAUUGGGGUUGGGGAGAAGUUUGGACGCACUCGGAAAUGGCCAGAAAUAGCGAGGGUCCGGCAUGAAGGAAAUCGCGGGUUCAUUGAUCUUCUUAAGGUCAAUGGCUUCCAUCCGAGCUACGCGAUGAACUAUCACUCUCAUGUUAGUCUUCUGAGGCAGCUCCUCAUCCUGAUUGGUGCUGAAGCUUGUGGCGCGUAUCGGAAAGACUGGGAGGAUAGGUUGUGGAUGGACGAAUUGAGGGAGCGUUGCCAGGCAUAUACCUCACGUACAGAAUACCAACAGCUCUAUUCUGAAGCACUGAUCGAUAUAAGAAAUUGCGUCAGUCACCUCAUCUCCACAAAUCAGCGCUACGAAACUUUGCUCGACAGUGGUCUAAGCGAAAAGUGCAACAACGCCAGUCUUAUUCUGCGCCAGAUGCUCCGUCUCAAGGAAAGAGGCUGGCCAGAAUCGGUCGCCUGGAAGAACGAAGCCGCCCUUAAAGAAGCAGCCCAAGACACCUACCGCUUUGCCAUCGACACAUACCGCUUGGUCAAGGCACCAACCAAAUCUGCCAAGCCGCUCAGCGAUCCGCCGCUGGCAAAAGCACUGCGGCAAAACCUCGACCAUAUUGUCGAUUGUGUCACGGUUGUUCAGCCUCGUAAAGAGUGUGAUCUCGACGUGGGCGGCGCGGCCACGGCUCUUCUUGAACUAGCAGUCGAUAUCGAGACACUGCUGCUGGAUCUACUGGACCGGAGGGAGAUCGCCCUAUUGUCAGGAUUAUUGAGCAAAGUAAGCCUAGCGCCCGUAGCUUUAGAUUCGGUAGCCCCGGUGGCUGUGGGCGCGUCGCGCGUCUAG